GAAUAUAUAAGAGCAAAAAUGAAGUUCAAACAACCAAAAAAACUACUAUACCUAACAGUCACGAUGUUGUAUAUAUACUUCGAUGGUGGGUCAAACCACUUUCCGUGUGCUCAACAAGAAGAAGCAAAACACAACAUAACGAUAUCCAUUAAUCUUUCUUUCUGUGUAAUAAAGAAAACCAAAAAAAGUCUCUUUCUACGAUAGACAAAAGGCAUACAUACGGUUUUGUAUCAACUUCUUCAAGUAAACACGUAGCUUCAUGGAUGAUAGUCCUGGGAGGUUAAAUAUUAUCCCCGAUCACUUUCAAGUCUCAACCUCUGGUGAUGACACUCCUCAAACCAUAACUUCAUCUACUCAACAGCCAAAAAUUGAUAAUUCAUCCAGGUCAAGUAGCCAUUUCUGGUCUGGGAGAAAACUACUAAGUGCUGCAUUCAUGCUGAAUUUGUUUAGCCUGCGAAGGCUGUCAUGGGGUUCUAGCACCAAUGGUCAGGAAAAGGUUGAGUUAAGUGUGGUAGAGUUAGAAUCACUUCGAUCAGAACUUGCUUACUUAGAAGAGAGGGAAGCUCACUUGAAAGCUCAGUUGCAACAUGUUGAUGAAAUUCUGCGCUCUGCUCGGUUCUCUGGUUAUUUGUACAUCCGAACUAGAUGGACAGCUCUACCUGGGGAGCCUCCACCACUUGAUGAUACUGAUGUAGAUGAUUGGCUUCCUCGCUUUGUUGUCCUUAAUGGACCGUGCAUCUUUUUCUAUUUGUUGUCCACAGAUUUGAGUCCUCAAGAUUCCACUCUAUUAUCAGAUAUUGUUGAAGUAGGUUCUCUCCCAAGCCUUACACGAGAAUCUGAUCAGACAUGGCAUUCCUUUUAUAUCUUAACUCGUCAAGGGCUGCGAUAUGAAUGCUCAAGCAUUUCUGAAGUACAGGUGGAUUCAUGGCUGAAGGUGUUAGAGACUGACAUCAAGUCGGAACCUAUAUGGAGAUCUGCUUCCAGAGCUGCACAGUCUCUCCUCUCUUCAGCCUCUAAAAGCUCUCGCUUUUACUCUGAAGGGAGAGCUGUCGCAGCAGCAGUUUCAUUCAGUGGAAAGUUGCCUUUCCUAGCUUCGGUUCAUGGAAGGACUGGUUCUUCAAAUGUGGCUAGGCAAUGGAUUUCAGGGGCUCUUGCAUUUCCUGCCGCAGUUUAUAUGCUCCAAGAACAGGAGGCACAUGCUGCUCAGAUGGAGCAAACUUUCAUUGCCAUCAAGCCUGAUGGAGUGCAGAGAGGGCUGAUUUCAGAAAUCAUUUCUCGUUUUGAGCGAAAAGGUUUUAAACUUGUAGCAAUUAAAGUGGUGGUUCCUUCUAAGGAACAUGCUCAGAAACAUUAUCAUGAUCUGAAGGAAAGACCGUUCUUUAAUGGUCUUUGUGACUUCCUUAGCUCAGGACCUGUUGUUGCCAUGGUAUGGGAAGGAGAAGGGGUGAUCAAAUAUGGUAGGAAACUUAUUGGAGCAACGGAUCCUCAGAAAUCAGAACCAGGAACUAUCAGGGGUGAUCUAGCCGUUGCUAUUGGAGGAAAUGUCAUUCACGGAAGUGAUGGACCCGAGACCGCCAAGGAUGAGAUUAACUUAUGGUUCAAACCAGAGGAAUUGGUUAGCUACACUAGCAAUGCUGAGAAGUGGAUCUAUGGAGUGAACUGAUAAGUAUUUUUUGUUUUAGCAUCUCUCAUCAGAGAUCUAGGUCCCUCAUAAAGAGUGGGAUGGACAUAAUUGUUAGAAUAAAAUCAUUUCUUGCUGAGAGGUGAGUGACAAAAUUCCUUCGCUACGAAUUACUGGCAAUGUGAAAUUUGAUCAUUAAUGCAUUCCACCUCAUUGCCAAUCA